AUGGCCAAAGUGCGGACCUUUCGCCUUCCGCACUACGAUGCGUACCCGAUCCAGGUGGCCAUGUUCAAGGAUGUGAAAAAUGCCGCCUUCCUGCGGAGCCAGCUACUAGCAGCGAAUCCGGAAUUCGACUACGCUUUUCUAGAUGCUACAAUGAUCCUCACGCCCCAACACCUCCUCCUCGCAACCUUCCAAGCCCUCCACAACAGCCGGACAUCGCGCCUAAAAGCCCGCACCGCCCACUCCGAACUAGUCUUCCGCUUGCACCCCAACAACAACAUCGGCGAGUCAUAUCGCACAUUCGGCAUAUCCGAUUCCACAACCCGGCUCCUCGCAGUGAAGCUCAGCCUUACGCCAGACGUCACUUCUGAAAGUGUGAGUAGGCAUCUGGGCGAGGUGGUGGAAGGCGAGAGCGUGGAGAUAGGAGAAGCGGGAGAGGAGUUGGGUGGCUGGGCCGACGAGGGCAAGAUACGGAAGGUGUAUAAGUUGAAUGGGAAUGGGAACGGAAAGACGGGCGUGGUAAAGAAUGGGCAGGCAAGGGAUGAGAGGAAGGAGAUGGAAAGUGUGAUACUGGGCAUGAUGACUGUGAAGGGAUCAUGA